AUGGCCACAUUUACACCGGGCCGACGCUCACACCGAAAGUCGCGGACCGGAUGCUUACAAUGCAAAAAACGAAAGGUCAAAUGCGACGAAAGCCAGCCAUGUUGCCGUAAUUGUGAGAAACAUGGUGUUGUUUGUUCCUUCACUAGCCUUUCAACCGUGUUGUCCACCAAAAAAGCGGAUUCUGCAGAGUCGCCAGUCUCCCUAUCUGGGCCAGAAAGCAUAGCAUCAGGCAGAGCUCCUGCUGCACCAGUUAUCCCACAGCUCUUACCAAGCCUAUCUUCCCUGGGGCCUUUUCCCUCGACACUAGCUGUGUUUGACCUGGAACUGUUGCACCAUUGGACCACGUCAACAUGUUAUACGCUAUCGCGGAGUCCAGCGGUACAGGCCGUUUGGCGUGAUGAAGCACCUCGAAUUGGGUUCGCUACGCCCCCAGUAUUGCACAACUUGCUAGCCGUUGCAGCGCUACAUCUAGCCCGCUCAGAUGAAUCCCGGCGUGCAAGUUGCCUAGCCCACGCGAAGAUGCACCAUAGCACUGCUGUGAGAGAAAUUAUUCCACUCGUCUCACCUCUGGCACAAGAGAAUGGUGCUGCACUGUUUAUUUUCUCCAGUUUAACUUGCAUGUUCUCCUGUGCCAAGCCAUCAGAAGAAGGGGACUUCCUAGUCCUCUUUGAGCGUGGUGCUUUAUCGGAAUGGGUUCGACUUUUCCGAGGGAAUACCACUGUCAUGCAUACCGGAGGUGAAAUUCUUCGUACUGGGAGGCUGGCGCCAAUCUUCACAAACGGAAAUCACAUUGCCGCUGCUCACCACUCACCACAGGCCCUUGAGCAGGGCAGGCCGCAUGUUUGGGAGUUAGAGCAAAUGAUGUGGAGGGAGUGUGCAACUGAUCCGUCACUUCGAGCCAUUUAUCAAGAGGCGAUCAAUGAAAUAGCUCGUACCUUGGGCGUAGCGAUAAACUCUGGCAUCAUGCGGAGACUUGAAAGCGCAGAUGUUUUCCUCUGGCUUCUUAAUGUCUCCGAUGAUUAUUUGAAUCUCCUGCGCCAGGAAACUCCCAUUGCGCUUAUUAUAUUCGCUUAUUGGUGUAUAUGCAUUCGUCAGAUUGAGUGGACGUGGUGGGUGGACGGUAUAAGCUCACGGCUUAUGACGCAAGUUUCAUCUGUCUUGGAUGCGAAAUAUCGAGAUUGGCUUACGUGGCCCCGUGAUAUUGUCAAUGGAUGUGUCGAAUUGUCAAAUUAA